GGUCGAAUGAGAUUUGUUUUUAGCUUAGCUGGGACACGAAUAAAAGUGUAACUAACCGAGAGAAAAAAUAAAAUUAAGCUUUUCUCUGAAAAAAUUCUUUGAACAUUCACACAAGCCUCCUGCACCUCCCCAUCUUGUAAAACUGGCAAAGGAGCCUGACAUUGUAUUACAAAUUUACACUACCACUUGACUUGCUGCCAUGCCGGUGCACCGUGACCGGGAGAAGAAGGAGAGCACAGCAGAGGAGAUGGAGGUGGAGGAGCAGGAGCAAGAGGCAUCCAGCUCAGAGGAGGAGGACUCUGACACCUCCUCUGUCUCCGAGGAUGGAGACAGCUCUGAAAUGGAUGAGGAGGACUGUGAGCGGAGGAGGACAGAGUGUCUGGACGAAAUGUCCAACCUGGAGAAACAGUUCACAGAUCUGAAGGACCAGCUGUAUCGUGAGCGUCUCAGUCAGGUGAACACCAAGCUGGGAGAGGUGGAGGCUGGCCGGGCAGCAGAAUAUCUGGAACCUCUGGCAGUACUGCUGGAGAAUAUGCAGGUCCGCACCAAGGUUGCAGGCAUCUACAGAGAGUUGUGUCUGGAGUCUGUGAAGAACAAGUAUGAGUGUGAGACCCAGGCAGCAUGCCAGCACUGGGAGAGUGAGAAGCUGCUGCUGUUUGACACAGUACAGAGUGAACUGGAGGAGAAAAUUAGAAGACUGGAAGAAGACAGACACAGCAUAGAUAUUACAUCAGAGCUGUGGAAUGAUGAGGUAUCAGGAAGGAAGAAGAGGAGAGAUGCUUUAAGUCCAGAUAAGAAAAGGAGGCGACCUUCAUUGGUGUCUGGCCCAUAUAUUGUUUACAUGCUGCCUGACUUGGACAUCCUGGAGGACUGGACAACUAUCAGAAAGGCCGUGGCCACGCUGGGUCCCCACAGAGGGAAGGCAGACGCUGACAGCUCCAUGUUCCCAUUCAGACCAGACAGAAACAGGUCCAUUCUCAACUGCUGAGGAGCACACACAUACCAAAACACACACAUACAGCAACACAUGAGAAGACGCACUCAAACACACGACGACCUCAAACACACGCUUGAUACAUGCAAACAUAUAUAUGACACACGUUUACUUCUGCAUGCACCAAAACACACACAGCUGAAGAGUUGUCCAGCUCUUCCCACAAUCCACUGCACUCCUCACCUAACAGUUACACCAGUUGGUAAGCUGCCUCUCAUGCCGACAGGUGCGCACAAUAAAGACUCACGGGUUUGUUUCCCUCUAAAGGACAAACAAGUGUAGAAGCAUCAUUUUCACUGACGCAUUACCAGUACCUCCAGCCAGAACUGGCCUUUGUUUUUGUCAGCACCAGUUUUGGUGUCUGUUCACUCAGUGGACAGGUGAGAGAGGGUUUCUCUAGUAAUGCACUACAAGAACAAUAAAGGCUGAUUUCUGCUGACGCCACUGAAACUCAGUCCAGUAUUCAUUACAUUUCAUUAAGUGUAACAAAUACAUAGUAAUUACUGUGUCCCACAUUUGUGAUGUUUUCAAAGGAAAGAACACUGAUGCAACAUUGAAGAAUAACUAGACCCAAAAACUUUUCUUGACUGAUGCCUUGAAAUUUUUUUAGUAGAAAAGAACGCGCCACAACAGAGAGCAUGUGGGUGACACACACCAGCAUUUUAUCAUAGUGUCUUUCAAAUAGAAGAAUGGAUCCAUCCACCUGGGUGUUGUCCAUGGACCACCCACACCUAAGUUUUUAAUUCUCCCAGAAUCGAGUAUUUGCUGCGGGUGCCGUUGUCUUUCCACUGUAAGGUAGUCUGACAGUGUUCUUGAAACUGAAUAUAUUUGGUGGGUUCACACAGCUAAAAAGAGUGUGAAUGUGAUCAUAAUCAAGCCUUGUGCUUGGCUUUGAUUGCAGCAGUGUCAGCAGACCUUCCAGCUGAACUGCUUUGUACAACCUAGAUUAAGACCUGAGUACCAAGAUUUGGUAAACACUGCUGUUUUUACAUGCUGUACCACUAGCAGGCGCCAUUAUCUGAUGUGGACACCAUUUAACAAGCACACCAUGAAACACAUGGAGAGGUUUCACAGUUGUUUGCAGCACUGUAUUGACCAGCAGGUUUAAAAUUGAGUUUUAUUUGGGGGUACUGGAGCCUUUGGAAUGUUUUCCUUCAUGGAGUACAGGAAGUCAGUCCUUGAUAAGCUCUCCUUCCUCAGGCUUCACAUCAUUGUGUGUAAUUGUAAACACUGAGAUGUCUAAUCUUAAAGCUGGACUGUUAUCAACAAAGCUUCCAAUGAUAUAUGAGGAAAUACUGAUUUAUAUAUGAACCCUGUUGAUUUGUGCCAUAUUUUACAUUUUUGUGCUUUUUUAUGUGGAUCUGUUAAACUUUUUGCAUAAGAAUAAUAAUUGCUUUUUGUUAUGGUGUUUUAAAAAGUUAGGUGCUGAUAGAAAGACAGUUUGUACAGAUUUUUUGUUGCCUGGGAAUAUUCUCAUUCAUCCAGGUCAUUGUAAGCUUUAGGGCAUUCAAUCUUUCGCAACGGGACCUCGUCAGUUUGUCUUCGAAGACGUUUCGCCUCUCAUCUGAGCAGGCUUCAUCAGUUCA